ACUUUGAAAACAUCACUUCCACUAUCUUCCAGUCACUUAAUUAGCUUGACUUUUGCUGUAGAAAAAAAAGAAGACAAAAACUUAUAGCUCUCUCUCACUGCUAUUCAUGGGGACGGUGGCUCCCACCUCCAGGGAUUUAUCUCUGCCGGUCACCAAGGAUUUUACAUCCACCGGAGGUGCAGCUCCCAAGAACCAGCUGGAUGCCGGAGCUUUAUUUGUUCUUAAAUCUCGAGGAUCAUGGUUGCAUAGUGGUUACCAUUUAACUACCGCGAUUGUAGCGCCAGCACUACUAAGCAUACCCUUUGCCUUGGCAUUAUUGGGGUGGGAGGGUGGCGUGGUGGUGCUGGCGCUUGCUGGAAUCAUCACAUUCUACUCCUACAACCUCCUCUCUCUAGUCUUGGAACAUCAUGCCGAGCUUGGUCAUCGUCAACUUAGGUUCCGCGACAUGGCCCAUGAUAUUUUAGGUCCGGGAUGGGGGCGGUACUACGUGGGCCCACUUCAGUUGGGCUCGUGCUAUGGUGCGGUUAUUGCUUGUAUUCUACUUGGAGGGCAGAGUCUCAAGUUUAUAUAUUUGUUAGCAAAACCAGAUGGUAGCAUGCAAUUAUCUCAUUUUAUAGUGAUAUUUGGAAGCUUUACACUCAUUUUGGCCCAAAUUCCAUCUUUCCAUUCCUUGAGGCACAUAAAUCUUGUCUCACUCAUUCUCUGUUUUGCUUAUUGUGCUUGCACAACUGCUGGUGCAAUUUACAUCGGGAAUUCGAAUAAAGGACCUCCUAAGAACUAUUCCUUAACCGGGACUGGAAUAAAUCGCAUUUUUGGUUUCUUCAAUGCCAUUUCAAUCAUUUGUACAACAUAUGGCAAUGGAAUUAUUCCUGAGAUACAGGCCACAAUAGCAGAGCCAGUCAAGGGGAAAAUGUUCAAAGGGCUACUUGUUUGUUAUGCAGUCGUUAUCUCAAACUAUUUUAGUGUUGGAAUUUCAGGUUAUUGGGCUUUUGGUAACCAAGUGGAUAGUUCUGUUCUUCAAAAUUUUAUGGUGGGUUCUAACCCGUUGUUACCCAAAUGGUUCCUUCUUAUGACGAAUGGCUUCACUGUUUUGCAAGUUGCAGCGUGUACUUUGGUUUACUUGCAACCAUCAAACGUGGUUUUAGAACGUAGAUUUGCAAAUCCGGAAAAGGGUCAACUCUCAUUGCGAAACUUUGUGCCUCGGCUAAUAUCAAGAUCGCUAUCAGUUAUCAUCGCAACCACAUUUGCAGCAAUGUUGCCGUUCUUUGGAGACAUAAUGGCAUUGUUUGGUGCAUUUGGUUGCAUACCUUUGGACUUCAUUCUGCCUAUGGUUUUUUACAACUUGACAUUCAAACCGUCCAAGAAAGGCUUGAUCUUUUGGUUGAACACAGUGAUCGGUGUUGCAUCAACAGGGCUAUCCUUAAUUGGGGCUGUGGCAUCUGUACGACAGAUCAUUCUAGAUGCUCGAACAUACCGUUUAUUUGCUAACAUGUAGGCUGUGUACGCACAGCUAUAACUUUGUAUCAAUUGUAUACGAAAUUCAGUAUUUUCGUAUAAUACAUUAACGUACGUAUGCUUAUUAUAUACUCGUACGUGUUUAUAUUGAGGUUUA